AUGAGUAAUGCAAAUUCUGGUGCGGGCAAGAAUAAGAUGUCGAUAAUACUAAAGGCUGUUUUUCCGCUGCUUGAAGGAACCGAUUUAGCUGCAUGUAUGGUAGUAUGCAAGCAAUGGGAAAAUGUAGCUCAAGACGAUUACCUGUGGAAUUGUCUUUGCAUCAAGAAAUGGCCCUCAAUAUCUGCGUCUCCUCUGGUAAAUAAUUACCGCAAGAUAUUCAAAGCAUUAUGCACACGCGAAAAGGAUCAUCGUCCAACUUCCUUAGCUCCAGGUAUCUCCUUGAGUGACCUGGACUUCUAUAUCGAUAUAUGGGAUGCAGACGAAGGCCAUGGGAGGUUACUCUUGUCAGAAACUGCCUCGGGCCCUGCCCUCCGUGAAGGCAAUCUGAGCCCGCCAGAUGGGAUCGUCCCCGGGCUGACGGAUCAUUUAGAGGGUCCCGAGUACAAGCUAACCUUGCCGGUAAAAUCAUCAUUGUCGAUUUCUUCAGCACAGGAGGUUCGUGUUUCGGUACUCAUAGCACGGAAGGACUCCAAUAAAGUUGCUUGCAUACUCAACCACUUGCUUGAUUGCAAUACUUGCAUAGACUGGUCUGAAGGGAGAGCAAUUGCAUAUGCUCAAAUAGCUGAGUUCCCACUUGCAUGCCCCUUCGUCAACUUUGCCACGUCCAGCAUUAACUGUGAGAUCUCUCUGUUGUUUAUCAGCCGUGGUGGUGGUGGUCAAGACCUUGAUGUUUUUGGGAUCGAAAUGAACUUUUUAACGGCCUACACCGAGGAAGGGGUGCUCUGGCUCUUGUCCAUGCUUCAUUGGCAAUAG